AGGUUUUUAGUGGGGGGUGUUCUGCCUGUGGGGGGUGGUCUGCCUGCCUUCAGUUUAAAACUCCACCCACGGUCCAGCCUGGGAUCUGAUGGGAAGCUCAUCCGUCACGAUCCGGCCCUGACCUCCACAUCCCAUAUGGAACUGGGCAGACGAGGCAGGAGAGCAGCGCAGGGACUGACGUUGGGUGUGUCGUACUGAGGUCAAUGAGGAUGCCUAGUGUGAAGUAUCAGAAAGGGGACAAGGUGAUGGGCCGCUGGCCUGGCAGCAGCCUGUACUAUGAGGUGAAGGUCCUGGGCUUUGACAUCACAAGUCAGCUCUACACUGUCAUCUACAAGGAUGGCACCGAGCUGGAGCUCAAGGAGCAAGACAUCAAGAAUUUUGCUGGCUUCCAGACUCGCUCCCGCUCUCGAUCACCGGGCCGUCGUCGCAGCCGGUCCCGCUCUCCAGCAAGGACAACACGGCGCUCGUCCUCUCGUACAGCAGCGGCCGUCGCUGCUGCAGCUGGGACAGACAGUUCGCUGUCAUCCAGUCAGGAUACAAGGCUGAAAGAUGCAUUAGAGGUCAGGCUGGGCCCACUGCAGCAGACAAUGCCAGCUGAGAACAAUAGCAACAAUAAACAUGAAAAGAAAGAGGAGAAUAACACGGCUAACAAAGUGAAUGAGGUGGAGGCUGAGUCUGAGAAGAACCUGGGCCGUUACAAUCUGCGCCGCAGGAAAGAUGACGGAGGAGCAAAACCAGCUGCAGUCGUAGCAGAGCAGCAGGAGAAGGAGGCCGUCAAGGAGGCUGCACCUCCUGCUUCCACCCUCUCCACCCCACUGGACUUUGGAGGGAAGAUAGGAGCAUAUUUCUGGCUGCUCUUUUUGCCGUCCUGGGUUCUCUUCCUGGUGCUCCAAGUUAACCUGGAGGACCCCAGCCUGUUCAACUUCCCCCCGCCACUGCCCCCUCUUGAAGCCUUUUGGGAUGUCCAGGCCCUUGGCUUUGUAAUCCUGUGGAUCCUGUUCCAGGCCCUCCUCUACAUCCUACCUGUUGGAAAGGUGUGUGAGAAGAGCUGUCAUCUCUACACACAACUGAGCGAGGGAAUGCCACUGAGGUCUGGGGAGAGGCUGAAGUACAGAACCAAUGGUUUCUUUGCCAUUGUGGUGAGUGCCAUGGCCGUGGCAGUAGCUGUGCACCAGGGUGUUGACCUCACCUACAUCCACAGCCACUUCCUACAGCUCGCCAUGGCCUCAUUGCUGGUCUCCGUCCUGCUCAGCGUCUAUCUGUAUGUCCGCUCGCACAACGCUGCCCCAGAGCAGCAGGCACUGGGGGGAAACUCUGGCAAUGUAGUGUAUGACUUUUUCAAAGGCCGUGAGCUCAACCCUCGCAUUAAAGACUUCGAUCUGAAAUUCUUCUGUGAGAUGCGUCCUGGACUGAUCGGCUGGUGUUUGAUCAACUUUGCGCUGGCUCUGGCUGAGAUGAAGCUGCACGGUCUGGAUGCUCCAUCGUACAGCAUGAUCCUCGUCAAUGUCUUCCAGCUGCUCUAUGUGGUGGACGGCCUCUGGAAUGAGGAGGCCAUCCUGACCACCAUGGACUUGAUGCAUGAUGGCUUUGGCUUCAUGUUGGCGUUUGGAGAUCUGGUGUGGGUUCCUUUUACUUACACCCUGCAGGCUUAUUACCUGGUCAGCCACCCCAACUCCCUGAGCCCCCUAGCAGUUGCAACCAUCGUCACACUCAAACUCAUUGGCUUCUACAUCUUCAGGAAGUCCAACUCUGAGAAGAAUGCCUUCAGGAGAGACCCAUCAGACCCCAAACUGUCCUAUCUGAAAACGAUCCCCACAGCGACAGGGAAGAGUCUCCUGGUCUCUGGAUGGUGGGGUGUGGUGCGUCACCCGAACUACCUGGGAGACCUGAUCAUGGCUCUGGCCUGGUCCCUGCCCUGUGGCUUCAGCCACCUCCUGCCGUGGUACUACAUGAUCUACUUCAUCAUACUGCUCGUGCACCGGGACUCCCGUGACAUGAGCGACUGCAGGAGGAAGUACGGCUCAGCGUGGGACGAGUACUGCCGGACUGUUCGUUACCGGAUCAUUCCCCGCGUCUACUGAGGAGCCUGACGCUGGACACUCGAGCCGAGGCCUUUCUUUAAACCAGUAUCAGAAGGCUCGCCAAAAAAAAAAAAAAAUGAACAAAUUGACUUUUUAGAUAAAAAAAACAAAGAAUUUUUCAAAAUCUUUCUGGACUGAGAAGGCCACAGUACAUUGAAGUUUUACGUGGAAGAAAAAGACUCAUUGGUUUUAUGAACUGUUUGAAGAAUUUUCUUUUUAAAUAGAAAAUACCUAAAAAAAAAAAAAUUACUUUAAGAUCUUGCAAAAUGAUGGGAAAAACAAACACCUCUGCUAGGAAUGUCUUGUUAGGAUGUAUAUUUUUGUAUAUACACUGUUGUUUUAAUACUUGGAAGAAUAAUACACCACCUGCAUACUUAUACCGAUAAGUUUUACGCUUUGUUCUGAUAUUCAAAAUGACAGUAUCAUCUUUGCUUUUAUGAAUAAUGUUGUAAGUAUACCCUCCUAUAAUUUUACAGCUUGUGUAUAUUGUCAUGGUUGGUAUUGAAAAUGCUCACUUUUUAAUUAUCUGUAAAUUGGAUCCAGUGACUUUAUAUAUAAAGAUGGACGACUUGUCUCCACUUCCUCCCACACUGAAAAAAUGAAGCCAAACUAUUACAGCUGCCAUGAGCAGUGAUCAGGUAGCAUCAAAUCCCCAAUUAAAAAAAACUGAUCAGAAACUUCAGGACAUGUCAGCGUGAUAAGAACUCCCUAAAGUGAUAUACAUCUUUGACAAAAUGUAAUUUUACUUGUACAUUCUUUUCAGUUAAAUCCAUUUUACAUUUGCCCUCAUGAAAGUUUAUGACAUGUAAUGUAGCCAGCCACCAGAGGGCACCCCAGGUGUUUUACAGCUUCACUUUUUAAUUGUCAUGUCGGCCAUCUUUGUAUACGGUCACUGGCUGGAACUAGGAUCAUGUUUCUCAGGACCCAGAACUUUUUUAAGAAAGUUGAACUAGGAAAGUUUUGUCAUGAUCAUUUUGUUGUGUAUAGCUUUAUCAAGUAGCUUCGACUCCAGAGUGUAAAAUGAUUUAAUGAUGAGGUCUCAAGAAAAAAAUGCACUAAUGCUUGAAGGCAUUUUUGUUUUUUUUAUCAGUUCUUCCAAAGUGUAUUUGAUUCGGGCUUUGCUACCUCAGGUUCCCUCAGUGUCCAGCUCUCCCUCGUCUGUCCUCUUGGGGGCAGUAUGUGUAAUUAAGAGUGUGAUAUCUCUGCUGAAGAGAGGAAGGAUUAGUUUGAUUUUUAUUCUACAGUAAUGUCGUCAUCUAGUGGGUCACCACAUCCCAGAUGUACCAUGCUUUUAUGAUGAAAUUCCAAACGGCGUUUAUUUUUGUCUAUUACUUCCUGCGUUUCUGUAGCAUUGAUGAAACAUCCGUAUUUCUGUCCUGCUAGUUGCUGGAGCCUCAUGAAGGGGUUGAUUUCCCACCACUGCCACGUGAAUUUGUUUAUUUACCCGUUUCAGCCCCAACUAGCUCGGCCACAUUUAGACUGUGACAACAUGCGGUGCUGUGAACUGUUUAUAACCUGUGCAUGUGCAAACCCAAAACAAAGUAUUUUUAUGCCCGUGCAGCUGUAGAUACACAAGUAGCAAAAAAAAACUAUACUUAGCUAGUAAUUUUUUAUGCUGUGCUGACUGAAGACCCUGUAAAUAUAUAUUUUUUAAUCAUGUUAUUUUUUUGAGUCAAAGAAUUGAAAGUAGUGAUGUUUCUCAGUAGAUAUUUAAUGUUGCUUUUUUUAAGUUAAUUAUCAAUUUGACCACUGUAGUUAUGUUUACAAAUAGAUUUGCCACAUUUCUGGGCAUUUCUUCAAAAUGUAUUUAAAAAAAAAAAAGAAGUAUAAUGGUCAAUACCUUCCUGGCCAGAGUAAAAAGAGUUGAAUACUUCAGAUAGCACCACCCUGUACAGCCCAGGACACAUUAUGGUGAUUGUCUUCUUGAUAAUAUGGAGGUAAAGCUUCUCUCUCUGGUUUGGUCUGAGUAGAGAUCAGGAUGUAUUGUAAUAUUUGACACCAGUGAAUGAGAAGUGAAGCUCAGUGAGGAUUCAUCUAAACGCCCAUCUGUACAAAUGUUGCAGCUUCAAAUAAAGAUUUACAGUAUU